AUGGCCAUCCACACUAAUAUAAUCAUCCAGGGCCACAAAAGUGCCACCAGAGACCACCCAGUGCCACCAGAGACCACCCAGUGCCACCAGAAACCACUCAGUGCCACCAGAGACCACCCAGUGCCACCAGAGACCACUCAGUGCCACCAGAGACCACCCAGUGCCACCAGAGACCAUCUAGUGCCACCAGAGACCACCCAGUGCCACCAUAGACCACCCAGUGCCACCAUAGACCACCCAGUGCCACCAGAGACCACCCAGUGCCACCAGAGACCACUCAGUGCCACCAGAGACCAUCCAGUGCCACCAGAGACCACCCAGUGCCACCAGAGACCACCCAGUACCACCAGAGACCACCCAGUGCUACCAGAGACCACCCAGUGCCACCAGAGACUACCCAGUGCUACCAGAGACCACUCAGUGCUACCAGAGACCAUUCUGUGCCAGCUCCUGUCCAGAGUAUGUGGGCCGGUGUUAAGAUCCCGAAUGUCACACAGAAUAGCUGUCAUUGCUCAAAUGUCCAAUGUGGGUCCAACUUCUGGAAGUAUUCAUUACGAGUUUCCUGUAAUCAUGUGA